UUCAAUUACAGUUAGAUAUGAGUGUGAGUUUUUCCAAAUAAAAUAAAUAAGAAAAAGUCUUCGAAUUCUCCACUCAUAAUUCUAAUUCCACUCUGUUUUUCUCCUUUCUUCCCCAAUUAGCCAAGACAGGCUUCUCUAAAAACCCAUCCAUCCAGCGAUAGAGAUGGCGAUCUUGUAUUCAUUGGUAGCAAGAGGAUCAGUAGUAUUAGCUGAAUUUAGUACGACAUCAACGAAUGCGAGCGCAAUUGCAAGACAAAUAUUGGAGAAAAUACCAGGGAAUGAUGAUAGUCAUGUUUCUUACUCACAAGAUCGAUAUAUCUUUCAUGUUAAAAGAACUGAUGGUCUUACUGUUCUUUGUAUGGCUGAUGAAACUGCUGGAAGAAGGAUCCCGUUUGCAUUUCUUGAAGAUGUUCAUGGGAGGUUUGCGAAGACUUACGGUCGUGCUGUUCACACAGCUCUUGCUUAUGCCAUGAAUGAUGAGUUCUCAAGGGUCUUAAAUCAACAGAUGGAAUAUUAUUCUAAUGAUCCAAAUGCAGAUAGGAUAAAUAGAUUGAAGGGUGAAAUGAGUCAGGUACGUAACGUCAUGAUAGAUAAUAUUGAUAAAGUUCUGGAAAGGGGAGAUCGCUUGGAACUACUUGUUGAUAAAACUGCUAACAUGCAAGGAAAUACAUUUCGCUUCAGAAAGCAAGCCCGGCGAUUCAAGAACACUCUGUGGUGGAGAAAUGUCAAGCUCACGAUUGCAUUGAUAAUUCUUAUUUUAGUGGUUAUUUAUGUCGUGCUUGCCUUCGUUUGCCAUGGUGUUACACUGCCCUCCUGCAUAGGUUAAAUGAACAAAUAAGUGGUUGUAUCUCAUGUUUGAAACAACAUAUUAUUGUUUUUGUUGUGAUAUAUAGUUUUACAUAAAUUAAAAUUGCUUGUGUGGAUACCGAUUGAAAAGACAAGAUAAAGAUGCUUGUUUUGGUGGCUUAAGUUAUCUGAAACUGUAAUUUGUUAAAUGACAAUGGUUAACACCUCUGGUAGUUGAUUGUUUCAUGUGGUAUUAGUUUUUCA